GGAUGCGGCCCUGGGCGGCCCGGGAGCUGAGCAGGGCCCCCGCGCCGGCCCCCGCUGGCCCCGGCCUCCGGAGCCGCAGCUGCCACCCCGCGCCCGAGAGACAUGACUUCCAAGCCGCAUUCCGACUGGAUUCCCUACAGUGUCUUAGAUGAUGAGGGCAGCAACCUGCGGCAGCAGAAGCUCGAUCGGCAGCGGGCCCUGCUGGAGCAGAAGCAAAAGAAGAAGCGCCAGGAGCCCCUGAUGGUGCAGGCCAAUGCCGACGGGCGGCCCCGGAGCCGGCGGGCCCGGCAGUCGGAGGAGCAGGCCCCCCUGGUGGAGUCCUACCUCAGCAGCAGCGGCAGUGCCAGCUACCAAGUUCAGGAGGCCGACUCGCUUGCCAGUGUGCCCCUGGGAGCUGCCCGCCCCACAGCGCCAGCCUCAGCCAAGAGGACCAAGGCAGCCGCCGCGGCGGGGGGCCAGGGCGCGGCCUCUGGGAAGGAGAAGAAGGGGAGGCACAAAGGCACCAGCGGGCCAGCAGCACUGGCAGAAGACAGGUCCGAGGCCCGAGGACCCAUGCGGAUCCUGACUGUGGGCCAGUCAGACCACGCCCGGGACGAGGGGGAGACAGCCGCUGGUGGGGGCACACGGCCCAGUGGGCAGAACGUCCGUGCCACGAUGCAGAGGAAGGGCGUCUCCAGCAGCAUGAGCUUCGAAGAGGAGGAGGAGGAUGAGGACGAGAACAGCUCCAGCUCCUCCCAGCUGAACAGCAACACCCGCCCCAGCUCUGCGACGAGCAGGAAGUCCAUCAGGGAGGCAGCCUCAGCCCCCAGCCCCCCAGCCCCAGAGCCGUCGGUGGAUGUUGAGGUCCAGGAUCUUGAGGAGUUCGUCCUGAGGCCGGCCCCACAGGGGAUCACCAUCAAGUGCCGCAUCACACGGGACAAGAAGGGCAUGGACCGGGGCAUGUACCCCACCUACUUUCUGCACCUGGACCGUGAGGAUGGGAAGAAGGUGUUCCUCCUGGCGGGAAGGAAGAGAAAGAAGAGUAAAACUUCCAAUUACCUCAUCUCUGUGGACCCAACAGACUUGUCUCGAGGAGGGGACAGCUACAUCGGGAAACUGCGGUCCAACCUCAUGGGCACAAAGUUCACCGUUUAUGACAAUGGAGUCAACCCUCAGAAGGCAUCAUCUCCUUUGGAAAGUGGAACCUUACGUCAGGAGCUGGCUGCUGUAUGCUACGAAACAAAUGUUUUAGGUUUCAAGGGGCCGCGGAAGAUGAGUGUGAUUGUCCCAGGCAUGACCAUGGUUCACGAGAGAGUCUGUAUCCGGCCCCGCAACGAGCAUGAGACGCUGCUAUCACGCUGGCAAAAUAAGAACACGGAGACUAUCAUUGAGCUGCAGAACAAGACGCCUGUCUGGAAUGAUGACACGCAGUCCUACGUACUCAACUUCCACGGGCGCGUCACUCAGGCCUCCGUGAAGAACUUCCAGAUCAUCCACGGCAAUGACCCGGACUACAUUGUGAUGCAGUUUGGCCGUGUAGCAGAGGACGUGUUCACCAUGGAUUACAACUACCCAUUGUGUGCGCUGCAGGCCUUUGCCAUUGCCCUGUCCAGCUUCGACAGCAAGCUGGCCUGCGAGUAGAGGCCACCUCGUGCCCUCUGGGGUUGCCCAGCCUGGAGUGGAGCUGCCUGCCUGCGGAGACAGCCUUGCCGACCCCCUGUACAUAGGCCUCGUGCCAGGUGACCCUUUGGCUCUCAGUGGGCUCCUGGGCCCAGCCAUCCAGGUACUGGCUCCUGCGCCUCCACUGCUGAGGCAGAGGAGUGGGGGAUAUGAAGGGACCAGCGUGAAUUCUUUCUGCGCCCCAAGAUCAACGCCCCCACCCCCGACCCUUGGGUUGGUAUCCUGCUGCAGUCACGUUUGCCAAGCUGAGCAGCCUCUUCAGCCGGGGAGGCAGGAAGAGGUGUAGAGGGAGAGGAAGCACAGUGCAGGGCUGCGGGGGCCCGGCCGUGCACUCAGCCCAACUGUGAGGGGCACAGUGAGUGUGUGUGUGUUAAGUGUUAGGGCACACCUACUUUACAGAGCAGAGGGCUGGGGAGCCGAGCCUGGCCCUUACAACUACACAAAGUUCUCCAGCUUCAGAAGGCCUCAGCUGGGCCUGGGAAGAGUUACGGGCAUGGGGAAAGAGGCGGCAGGAGGCCAGCCCCCAAGGUCAGAUCUCUUAUAGAGGAUGGGGCCUGCAGGACGCAGGCUCAGCAUACAGGCGGCACGUGGGACAGGGCUGUUCCCCAGGAGCUCCCUGCUGAGCAGUCCCUGCACAAACCCCAUGAACCCCAGGACACCAGCCCGACUGCACACAGGUAGGCGUGCCUGGAGCUCCCGCCUGUGCUUCAGCUCCCACUGCAGUCAGCCUGGGCUGUGGUUGCUGAGGGACUGUAUGUGGUUCUUCUUAGCUGGGAAUGGGACAGGGUAAGGAGAGCAGGAAAUGUUUCAGAACCACAAAAGAUCUGAGAGAUCAUCUAGAAAGUAGGACUUGCCCUGGGUCACCUGGCUGGUUAGGGGCAGAGUUCGGAGUUUCAGCUCCCUUGUCCCCACCAUCCCCCAAGAAACUGCUCUCUCUGACCUUCCUGGGGCACAGUCCGCAUGCCCGUGCACCUGAUUCCGGAGACUUAGGGAUGUUCAGUGGGAAACUGGGCAGUUCCCUGCCGAAAGCUGCCUGGAUUUUUGCAUGUCCGUCUGAUAGUGACUGGCCUGUGCCUGGCUCCUCCCCGAGGGCAGGCCUCAGCAAGGCUGCUGCCCAUUUUGCUACCUAGGUGUGACGGGUGGGUUGUGGGUGUUCAGGGCUGCGCCUGACCUCUCCCUCCGCCGCCCUCCUCCGUGGAUGGUACCAUCUACUCUGACAACUUGGGAAGUCUUGCAUAUUUGUCAUUUACCCUGACAGAGGCUACUCACCCAGAUGGAGAUCGGAAAUCAGUGGGAAGCAAGCAAGGGUUGUUCCCCACUUCAGAGCAGAUGUGCUUGGAAAGACUACAUAGAAGUCCAGGCAGAGCUGGAGAUGAGGCCAAGAUCCAGAAUUUCCUAGAGAGUAACAGAGUGGCUUAGAAAGGGAAGCCCGACUCUGGCCUCUUUAAUCCUGCAUUUGGUGACUAAGGGGACUUAGGAUGGUGACACUUCCCUUGUUGGGAGCAUACAUUUAGCCAGUUUUCAUAAUGCCUAGAAUGUGUAUGUCUAUUUGCACAAGAUUGUCUUUUCCUAUUUUGGAGUGGUCAGACAUUUUAUUUUUGUUCAAAAUCAUCAAGUUUUAGACAAACUUGCAAAACUGUGCUUUUAUUAAGUGACUUUUUGAAUAAACUCUUUGGUAUUCCGGAGCAAAUGUAUUUAUUUACUGGUAUGUGCAAUGACAAAGUUGGUAUUUUCCCAUGUUGACAUUAUGUAUGUUGUAGAACUUAGUGUUUGUCUAAGUACAGACCACAAACCAUAUAUCAACAAAUUAAACUUGACCUGUUUCAACA